UCCUGGAUUCGCAUCCAACGGCCCCUGUUGCCUCAGAGACGAUCGGGUGACGCCACCCGUCCACUUCCGUCCACCUAACGAUUCUCCCUUCAAAUGCAGAGACAGAGAAGAAAAAACACAUUUCUUCUCUCCGUCGCUCGGCCUCUGAACGCUCAUCCAAGCCUCAGCUACUCUGUGAGCUACCAUGGCCAACAUUGGAGACAGAAGUGAAAGAAAUUCUGGGUUUUCUUAUGCUCCUGUAGCCCUUAAUGAAAGAAUCCUCUCAUCAAUGUCCCAAAGAUCUAUUGCUGCUCAUCCUUGGCAUGACCUAGAAAUUGGCCCAGGCGCACCAGCAGUUUUCAACUGUGUGGUUGAAAUUGGAAAAGGAAGCAAAGUUAAGUAUGAGCUUGACAAGACAAGUGGCCUGAUCAAAGUUGAUCGAGUUCUAUACUCAUCAGUUGUUUAUCCCCACAACUACGGCUUCAUCCCAAGAACCAUUUGUGAGGAUAGUGAUCCCAUGGAUGUUCUGAUACUGAUGCAGGAACCUGUACUGCCUGGGUCUUUCCUCCGUGCUCGUGCUAUUGGAUUGAUGCCUAUGAUUGAUCAGGGAGAGAAGGAUGACAAGAUAAUAGCAGUAUGUGCUGAUGACCCUGAAUUCCGCCACUACAAGGACAUCAACGAUCUUCCUCCACAUCGCCUUGCUGAGAUCCGACGUUUCUUUGAGGAUUACAAAAAGAAUGAGAACAAGUCUGUUGCUGUGGAAAACUUCUUGCCUGCAGAGGCUGCCAUUGAAGCUAUCAAGUAUUCCAUGGAUCUGUAUGCGUCCUACAUUGUUGAGAGCUUGAGGCAGUGACUGGUCUUACUUGAAAGACCACUGCAUCCAAAGUCUUUGCUAAAGUUGUUGCCUAGUACUAAUUGUAUAAGCAAUGCUGAGAAACACACGAGCCUGUCUGAACUUCUAUACCGAAUUGGCCAUCUAAUUCUAAUAAGCUUGUGUAUCACACUCCUGAUAUCACAUCUUAAAAAUAUAGUUUCAGAUGUAGUAUUUUUUUUUU